UUGAACCAAUACUAUAGUACUCUUUACCAAAGGGUAUGUUUGGUAUCUCAAUCUAUACCCCCCUGUGAAGGUGUACUAUCAAUCUCAGUAUAUAAACGCCUCAGUACUGCUCAUACUUCUUCACUAAGCUCUCUCUCUCUCUCUCGAAAUUUCUCUCCGAUACUCAUACUCCGACUUAUUCAGAGUAAGAGAUGACAAUGGAGGUGACAUGGCGGCCUUUGGCAUUGCUCACUAUGGGAGUAGCUCUUCUUUCUUGUUUUGCUACUCGCACAGAGUCAAGGAAUUCUGUCCCUCAAAGUGAUCGAGUAAAGGUACUAGAGAAUGAGGAAGCUGCACCUACAUGGUGUAUUGCCAAGCCUUCUGCAGAUGUCGAAAAGCUUCACCACAACAUUGACUUCAGCUGCGGCCAAACUGGAAUAGACUGCAGACCUAUUCUGCCCGGUGGUAAUUGCUUUGAUCCGGACAAUGCUGUUUCACAUGCUUCAGUUGCAAUGAAUCUGUUCUACAAGGCCACCGGAAAGAACCCUUGGGACUGCCAUUUCAAUGGCACCGGCUUAAUCAUUUAUCAGAACCCAUCUGUCGGCAUUUGCCACUAUCAAGCUUAAGGAAUCAUGCUAAGUUCAUAGGAGUGAUAGGACUGCAAUUCGGACAGAGUCUUUUUUCCAUGUCAAAGUUUAACAAGUCAGUUGCUCUUAUUGUACUUGUUAUUGUUAUCCUACUUUCAAUAAUGUACCAGUAUAUGUUGGUCUCAAAAUCUUUUCUAAAUAUCUGCCGAUUUACUGAUACAUUUUCCCACCAAAUGCACUACAUUACAAAUCUUGUCCUAAUUUUUGUGUGCCAAACUGCCAAUAUAUAUGCCAAGUUUUUAAAACUUGCUCACAACUUUGCACUAGCAAAAUCUACAUAUGUAACAGAGAGUGAAAGAGAAACAGAUGAACACAGGUUUGAGGUUUGAACCAGCUUAAACCAGAUAAUUUGUUUCUUUGACAUAACAAAUAUGAAAGGAAUAACAGGUUCAUGUUUGAAAGCUAAUAACUAAUAACAUGGAUAGCUUCAGUGCCAUCAAUUUGGACAAAAU